AUGUCGCGGACACCACCGCCGGAGGGCCGGCAGGGCGGCGCGGACGGAGAGGGUCCCGCCGCCCCCCCGCCCAGCCCCGGGCAAGAGGGCCGAAACGCCGACGUCCGGUGCGAGGGCGCUGUGUCGGAGGCGGACAGCGGCGAGGCGGGCGGGGGCCCGGGGGGCUCGCGGCGCGCCGGCGUGGCGCACCAACCCGGGCGGUACCGCGAGUCGGCGGAGAGCGACUUUGGGAGCAGCGAGGGCGAGGACGGCGCGGACAUCGAAGACACCAACGAGGAAUUCUGCACUGUGUGUGGCACUGCAGAAAACCCGAGCAAGCUCCUGUGCUGCGACAACUGCCCCAAGGUGUACCAUUUGGGGUGUCUGGACCCUCCCUUGUCCAGGGUGCCUCCUGGGGACUGGUAUUGCCCUUCAUGCGCAAGCAGUUUCAAACUCCAAGAUAUUGAGAAGAUAUUAGCUGUUAGACCGAUCGACAAGGAUAAGAAUGAUGGGAUUGGGGAACGUGAGCUGCAUGUGAAAUGGAAAGGCGUGUCGUACUUGCACUGCACCUGGGUGCCUGAAAAGGACGUUGCGCAAGUGCACAAGCUGUUCCCCAGCUUGAGGAGCAGAUACAAGGCAUUCCUGAAGGAGGGUCCUCGUGUAGACCCUGAUGUUGACCCAGAUGAGCUGGUCGAUGGUGUGAACAAGAGAUGGCUGCGUGUGGAAAGAGCCCUGUCAAAGGCUGAUACCAAGAAAGGGAAGAAGCCUGAGUACUUUGUUAAAUUUGAGGGCUUGGGUUAUGAUGAGUGCUACUGGGAGUGGGUGGAUGAUAUUCCCCAAGAUGUCAUCAGAGAAUUCGAACAACAGACUUCGAUUGUGGAAGAGGCACAAGAACGGUUGGACAGUCGUCAAAGUGGCUCGAGGGGUGGGCCAAAGAAAAAGAAGAGUAAGCUGAAGAGGGAUUUGAAGGAAGACGGCAAACUGGAGGCUGAGCGGCUGUUCUCCACCACCCCUGAGUUUUUGAAGGGAGGCCGACUCCACCCAUACCAGCUGGAGGGGCUGAACUGGUUGUACUUCAAAUGGCAAGUCAAGGAGAAUGUCAUACUUGCUGACGAGAUGGGCCUGGGGAAGACGAUCCAAUCCAUAGCAUUCCUCGCAACUCUGUGGCAUGUUGGUGUUGGGAAGCCCUGCCUAGUGGUGGUGCCACUGUCGACGAUGAGGAAUUGGGAGAGGGAGUUCCAAGUGUGGGCGCCACAGCUGCGUGUGGUGUCGCUAUAUGGCAACCAGGAAACACGAAACACUGUCAUCAAGUACGAACUGUUUGCACCCAACAACAAGACCGGAGAAGAAAGGGCAAAGGCCAAAACAAGGGCUGGCCUGCAGGCCCGUGUUAAAUUUCAUGUGCUGCUGACAUCGUAUGAACUGGCAAUAGCUGAGUCGACGCACCUAGCAAAGGUUGACUACGAGUGCUUGAUUGUUGACGAGGGACACAGGCUGAAGAGCAAGAACUCCAAGCUCCACCAGGAGCUACAUGGGUUUGCAUUCGCGUACAGGGUGCUGCUGACUGGCACUCCCCUUCAAAACAACCUUGCGGAAUUGUUCAUGUUGCUACGUUUCCUGGACAGCACAAAGUUUGACUCUCUGGAGGAUUUCCAGCAGCAGUUUGCAGACAUUGGGGAUGAGAAACAGGUCGGCACCCUGCAUGAGAUGCUGUCCCCGCACCUGCUCAGACGACUGAAAAAAGAUGUCCUGAAGGAGCUGCCUCCCAAGAAAGAGCAGAUAGUGCGUGUGGAGAUGUCACCUGUGCAGAAAGAGGUGUACAAAAGCAUCCUGACGAAGAGCUUCAAAGUAUUGACUGCAGGGAAGGCAGGAAAGGCAACCGCUUUGAAGAAUGUCAUGAUGCAGCUUCGAAAGUGCUGCAAUCACCCUUAUGUGUUUGAGGGCAUUGAGCCCAUCAUAUGGGACCCAGAAGAGUUCAUGAAGAAGUUUGUGGAGGCGUCUGGGAAGCUUGACCUACUUGACAAAAUGGUCCACAGGCUGAAGGAGCAAGGCCAUCGUAUCCUCAUCUACUCACAAUUCACGAUGAUGCUGGACCUACUAGAAGAAUGGGUCUCUGCCCGCAAAUAUGGCCACCUCCGUAUCGACGGCGCAGUAUCGGGCACUGAACGUCAGGCCCGAAUUGACAAAUUCAACAAUGAGCAGGAAAAGUACUGUGUCUUCCUACUCAGCACGCGAGCGGGUGGCCUAGGAAUUAAUCUGGCAACUGCCGACACCGUCAUUAUCUAUGACUCCGACUGGAACCCCCACAAUGACAUCCAAGCCCAGUCCAGGGCCCAUAGGCUUGGGCAGCAGAAGGGUGUCAUGAUUUACAGACUCGUCACCCGAGCAACGAUCGAGGAGCGCAUGAUGCAGCAAAGCAAAAAGAAGCUUCUGUUGGAGCACUUGGUAGUGCGCAAGAUGAACAGGGGCGAUUUGAAACAGGAAGAGCUGGAUGACAUUUUGAGGUAUGGUGCAAAGGAAUUGUUCAUGGAAGACACCAAAGAUGACAAAGAUGGUGACAAGGAGCCAUCGCCACAGGGGCAGCCGCAAGAGCCAGCAAGAGUGAUUGACAUCGAGGCUGCAAGGGCAGAGAGGGCAGAGCGUUCUGGGAGAAUCGUGUAUGACAGCGCGGCCAUUGAUCGCCUGCUGGACCGAUCGGAACUGUACAAUCAAAAGGAGGAAGAGGAGGCAUCUGACAAUGAGAUCGAGUUUAUGAAGGGCUUCACAGUUGCGAAUUUCGAGUUUGAAGAGGUGUCAGAGCAUGACUCAGCACAGCAGGGGGCUGAGAAUGGGGAGGAAGCAGUGGUGUCUAAAGAUGACACCACCAAUGAUGAUUUUUGGGACAAGUGCCUGAAGAACAGGUAUGAAGAGAUGAAGAUGCUGGAAAAGGAGCAGGAGAUGGCAACAUUGGGUCGGGGCAUGCGAGAACGACGCGAUGUGAAUUACAGCACAAAGAACACUGCGAUGUACGUGGAGAUGUCGUCAGGGGAUGAAUCGUCUGAGUCUGAGUUCCAUGCUGAUGGGAAGCCUAGAAAGAUGAGGAAAAGGAAGCACCUGCAUGACCGCGAGCCACCUCGAUGGAGCCCAGAGCCCUCGAAACGGAUAAGGACAAACUAUGGUGACAUGGGCCCCCCAGUCGCUGUCGUCCCUCAGCAGAUCAUGACUGGCUCGGGCCCAAACUUGCGUGUGUUGGGAUUCAAUGCCCAGGACCGGCUGACGUUCUUGAACUUGCUGCUACGUUACGGGCUGCCCGAGGGGUGGAUGGAAGGGGGCAGGGUGAAUUGGGACCCAUUCACCUCCAGGUUCACCAAGAGGUACUGUGCUGACAUAGACAGCUACGCCCGCAUCGUCCUGGAGCAUGCACAUUACGCCCACAAGGGUGAGGUCCCUCAAUCUGAGGUCCUGUUCAAGGUGUCCCCCCAGGAUGUGCAGUCGCGGCUGGGCAUGCUGCACCUUUUCAGGAGCAAGCUCAGGCAGCUCACUAGCCAGGCUUGGCACAGUUUCGUGCUGAAGGCUGGGCCCAACUCAAAGCUGCGUGCGACCAAGCACUGGAGUUUGCACCACGAUUGGGCCCUUCUACAGGGGGUUGCAAAGCAUGGGUACGGGCGGUGGCAGGACAUUUUGAAGGACCCGGAUUUGAAGCUCAUGAAGCCUUUGUGCGACCAGCUCAACGUCGAAGUGGAGAGACAGAAGGCUGACGGCGAGCAAAACGACCAGCAGAAUGAGAACCCACUUGAAGAUGGCAAGGAAGGCCAGCAAGGCCCUGAUGCUCCUGCUGAAGGGGGUUUGAAGGAUGGCAAGGGAGGUGGCAAGCGUGAGGAAAGGGCCUCGGGAAAACAAGGGUCAGUGGAGGUGAUUGAGUUGGACUUGGGGAGCACAGACGAAAGCAAUGAGAAGAAAGAGCCUUCUGGUGACGAGGCCGAAAACGCAAAGAGGCCACGGAUUGAGUCCUCCAAUAGUGGAAAGGUUGACCUGGAUGGUGUAGUGAAGGCAGAAGCACCUGAGAGGGCAAGUGGCCCUGUGGUAGAGGGGGGCAAGGACAUCGGGCCCAGCAUGCAGGAUGGGGGCACACAGCAGGUUGACGCUGCCCAGGUGCACUCCUACCUGGGAAAGCAUUUUGACCAGAAAUGCAGGCAUUUCAUCACGGUUCGGUUGAAGGUCAUAGCAGAAGUGCUGCAGCAUGAACAGGGAGACGGCAGGGCAGCAAAUCCUGCUCGGCAGCCGCCAAGCGCACAGAGGCAGGUGGCUCAGCGCAAGCCUGUGGCUCAGGCAGCGCAAGGGGCUGCUGUGACGAGGUUGGCCAACACUCAGAGACCGACCCAUACACAGCAGGGCAGCGCCGGCCCAGUGGCCUUGUUGACUGGCUUGCCCAUCGCGCGCCAGUACCCAGGGCCCACACCCAACCACGCCAAUGCACGUGUCAACCUCAUCCACAUGUACAACACUGUGUGUAACCUGUGCAAGCAAAUUCAUCAAGAUGCCACUGCAGUGUCAACAACACACACCCAGCAUCCACAGCAAGCAGAGGAAGCGCUCAUUCGUGCAGGACACAAGUUUAGAAAACAGUUGCAGGAUCUGGAGAUGUGGUGCGUGCAGUUGAUGAGGUGCUUGCCGCCAGGGAGACAACUGCCACCUGUGGCCCCAACUAGGCCCCAGAGCACCCCAGUGCCUCUGGCCCGCCCAAGGUAUGCAUCCAGCCAGGCCCCCCCUGCACACACACCCAGUGGACAACACCAACAGCAGCAGCGGCAACAGCAGCAGCAGCAGCAGCAGCGGCGGCAGCAACAACAGCAGCAGCAACCGCAGCAACCGCAGCAGCAACAGCCGCAAACUCAUGCCACACAGCCUGUCGUUCUGCCUGGCAGGCCGGUGGCAGCUGUAAGCACUGCCGCACGGGUAGGGAGCUCAAACGCCGACAGGAACGUUGCUGGCGUUCCUGCAGGCGCCCCUUCAUCCGAACAGGCGCUGAGGGCGGCUGGUGUGGGCAUGGCAAUGGACAGCAGCAGCAGCAAGGAGGGGAGUCAUCUUCAAGACAUGCAUGGGACAAGAACAGGGGAUAAUAACGAGGUCAUUAUUUUGGACGAUUGA